GCGAAACGGCGAUGGUGCAGACAUGCUGGGUCCUCGUAACAGGGACCGGGAGAGGCAGAAUCCAGAUCUUGUCCGCCCACCCAGCACCGACCAUGGCAACAUGCCCAACAUGCGCUGGUCGUUCGCUGACUCUCAUAUUCGCAUUGAGGAGGGUGGAUGGACGCGCCAAACCACUGUCCGUGAGCUCCCCACCAGCAAAGAGCUAGCCGGUGUCAACAUGCGCCUGGACGAAGGCGUCAUCCGCGAACUCCACUGGCACAAGGAAGCCGAAUGGGCCUACGUCCUCGAAGGUAGCGUGCGCAUCACCGCUCUCGACACAGAAGGCGGCAGCUUCGUCGACGACCUCGAGAAAGGCGACCUCUGGUAUUUCCCCUCGGGUCACCCGCACUCACUCCAAGGCCUCUCGCCCAACGGCACAGAAUUCCUGCUCGUCUUCGACGACGGCAACUUCUCCGAGGACUCGACCUUCCUGCUCACCGACUGGGUCGCGCGCACACCCAAGUCCGUUCUUGCUGAGAACUUCCGCGUUGCGCCCGAGGUCUUCAGAGCGAUUCCUGAGAAGGAGAAGUACAUCUUCCAAGGCUCAAACCCGGACUCCAUCGAGAAGGAGAUCCCGAGCAACAGCCCGGGCUACAAGAAAUCCAAGCUGCAGUUCACACACAAAAUGCUCGCUCAAGAGCCGCUGAAUACGACAGGAGGUCAAGUUCGCAUCACCGACUCGACAAACUUCCCUCUCUCCAAGACGGUCGCCGCAGCUCACCUCACGAUCCAGCCCGGCGCGCUGAGGGAAAUGCACUGGCACCCCAACGCAGACGAAUGGUCCUUCUUCAUCAAAGGGCGCGCCCGCGUAACCAUCUUCGCUGCCGAAGGCACAGCGCGAACCUUCGACUACCAAGCAGGCGAUGUAGGCAUCGUGCCGCGCAACAUGGGGCACUUCAUCGAGAACCUUUCCGACGACGAGGAGAUCGAGGUCCUGGAGAUUUUCCGCGCGGAUAAGUUCCAGGACUUCAGUUUGUUUCAGUGGAUGGGUGAGACGCCGCAACGAUUGGUGAAAGAGCACCUCUUCGCUACUGAUAAGAAGAGCGGAGAGAAAUUCGUCAAAGCGAUUGAGAAUGCUGAGAAGGACCCGAUCAAAGAUACGCUUGGUGGUGAUGACGAUAAGGAGGAGUUGUAGAUACCCAAUAUUGGAGAAACGAGACAUGGUGUGCAGAAGGCGAGACACGAUAAGGUCGUCAUGGCGGGGUUCUUUAGAGAAGGACGUCGAGCCCAGAGACUGGUUGGUGCUGAACGAGAAGGGGAAAUGUAAUGAUAGAAUACAGCAGAAUACAAACCAAUACAAC